UUGGCCUCCCAAAGUGCUGGGAUCACAGGCGUGAGCCACCAUGCCCAGCCUUGAGUGCUUUUCCCUGUUUGCUGAAAGUAUGUUCAUACUGUGUUUUGGCGAGUUGGGAACUGGGGUCCAGAGCCGUGUAGGUUAGGCCAGCCUCCCUGGUGGAAAGUACUGAAGACGAGAAUGAAACCAGCCCGUGAAGAAGGAGGCCUCUGCCGUGGGUUGUGCGUGCAUGCAUCCUGCCUGGCUGCCAACGCAGACAGCAGGUGCAUCCGCAAAUCUCCCUCCCAUGGAGCUGUCUGCCAGACAUGUGGCCCAGAGCCACUCCUGGGAUCUAGCAUGAGGCUCUUGUUUGCUGCAUGGACACCCACGAGAUCUGAAUUCUGGGCUUUUAAGGUUCUUGCUAAUAACUACCUGACCCGUAUCUUCCAGAUAAUCGUUAUGUACCUUCAGGUGUUAGAGUGUGAGCGUAACCAACACCUGGUCCAGACCUCAUGGGUAGCCUCUGAGGGUAAGUGACUAAGACUUCUCCUCUGCUGUCCAAGCGCUUUGGUGCAGGGACAGCGGCGUCUUCAGCCAAUCCAGUGCAGGCUCUCCACCGAAGGCUGGCCCUAGACUGGUGGUACGCGCACAUAGCAUAGCCAUGGCCGACUGCUGCUUGUGGUUCUCUGACGAUUGUGCUUCUUGUUAAUCCUCUGUCGUGCUUUGGUAAUUGUAUUGAUUAGAGUUGGUAACUGUCUUGACUUGAAUUUUGUCCCUUUAAAACUGCUGUACCUGUAUGAUAAAGAUGCAGUACCUUUCUCUUAAAAAAAAAAAAAAAUGGCGUGGAAAGCUGUCAGAAUUGAAGUGACAAAUUGGCUGGGGGGAACCCGCCUGUCCGUGGGAGAAGUCUCGAGUUGCUCUUUCAGCAGCUUUGUGUGACGCAUUCUAGUAAAGGUGUGCAUCUUUAAAUUAUUCCAUGGAUACUUUUAAAAAAUAUUGUAACACUUCAAAUAAUAGCAAUAAGUUUAUAUGUUCUGAAGAUUGCAUUUGUUUUUAAGACUUAAAAGUUAAUGGAUUAAUAUUAUUACCACUUGAAUACUGAAAAUUGUUUAUUACAAACCAAAAGGUUACUGAUUGUUGAUCUGUGUUUGAGCUGCUCACUGCUCCCUUGCUUCAGGGGGUGUGGCUGCACGGCUGUCACACAGAUUCCCUCUUGAUGCCUGGAGCUGCUUCCAGAGCCACGUGCCUCUAGGCACCUGUAGAACUUACCCAUUUAGAAGUCUCUGAGUGAGUCUGUGUUACCUUCUCCAAGGUUUAUGUAGGACAGAGAUGGGGGGAGGGUAAUCCUUCAGAUCCUUGCAUGACUCGUCUCAUCUGUGGGUGCAGCCCAACUCCAAGGCUCACCGUUACUGGGGUACGUGAGGAGCAGUGAAUAUAAGACCAGAUCACCUGUCCUCAUGGGAUCAACCCUUUUUGUUAUUGCAGUAUUCUUAAAGCUAGUAUAAGGUCUGGUUUUAGAGUGUUAAAUCUUAGAUGUAUCUAAAGGAAAAUGCUAAAAAAGUCAGUUUUUAAAUGCUUUAAAAAGAUGUGAAUUUUUGUAUUUUUAUAGCUUCUAAAUAUGAUGAAAUUUAAAGAAUGUACUGUGAUGAAACGUUCAGUAUUGUGUUGCUUCUGAUUUUAUGAAUGUUCAUUUUAAGACUCCUUGUUGAAAUGGGACAGUUGGCAGCGGCUCUGGUGAGCCCAAGAAGAGGCCUGCCCUUGGGUGCUGAGCCUCCCUCUGCACGACGCUCCCAUGCGUCCAGCUUACACCCAGGGGGCUUUUCCCUCUUCCAAGCGGACUCCUUCAAGCAAGCUGCAGCUCGGUCACCAGAGAAGGGCCCUGCCGCCGGCGGCCUCGAGGAAGAGGAGGGAGAGGACGGCAGGAGGACGCCCUGUGUCCCAGCAGCCGCCGGCUCUGUGCCCAGCCAGUUCAUUGAGUUUGCAUGUUUCUCUGCACUAUGGAUUUUGAGCAUUUAGAUUUCUUUAAUCAAAAGCGUUUUAGUGACUACAGUAGACGUUCUCUUUUGGAGGCAUCAUGCUUUGCAUGAGAGCAGGCCAAAGCUGAGGGGAAAAGUCAAGUUAAAGUCGGUUCUCUUCCAUAGCAACACACGUUGUCUGACAUUCAGCCAGCUUUUUUUUUUUUUUCUGAUUUUUUCUGUGCCUUUCUGUCCUGUAUUUAGAAAAAGCUAGAAGAUUUCUCCAUUAACUCUUGAGAUUCACUGGACUGUCCAGCCCUGAGUCCUAGCAGUAGACUCCUUAGAACAGUAGUGAAUUUGUCUAGACUUAUCUAGAUAACGCAGGCGGAUGUCCUGGGUUCCCGGGUGGGGCAUUGCAGUUCUUGCGUUUGGUUUCCAGGAAUUACAUGAACGACAGCCUUCGCACAGACGUAUUCGUGCGCUUCCAGCCUGAGAGCAUCGCCUGUGCCUGCAUUUAUCUUGCUGCCCGGACGCUGGAGAUCCCUUUGCCCAAUCGUCCUCAUUGGUUUCUUUUGUUUGGAGCAACUGAAGAAGAAAUUAAGGAAAUCUGCUUAAAGAUCUUGCAGCUUUAUGCUCGGAAAAAGGUUGAUCUCACACACCUGGAAGGUGAGGUGGAGAAGAGGAAGCACGCCAUCGAGGAGGCGAAGGCACAAGCCCGGGGCCUGCUGCCCGGGGGUGCUCAGGUUCCCGACGGCACCGCGGGCUUCUCACCGGCCCCCAAGCUGGCGGAAUCCCCCACAGAAGGUAAGGGGAGCAAGCCUUCCCCACUCUCUGUGAAGAACAGCAAGAAGAGGGCGGAGGGCACCAGGAAGGCCAAGGCAGGCAGCCCCGUGAACGGCUUGCCCAAGGGGCGCGAGAGUCGAAGUCGGAGCCGGAGCUGUGAGCAGAGCUACUCCAGGUCCCCAUCCAGAUCGGCGUCACCUAAGAGGAGGAAAAGUGACAGCGGCUCCACGUCUGGUGGGUCCAAGUCGCAGAGCCGCUCCCGGAGCCGGAGUGACUCCCCACCAAGACAGGCCCCCCGCAGCGCCCCCUACAAAAGCUCUGAGAUUCGGGGCUCCCGGAAGUCCAAGGACUGCAAGUAUCCCCCCCAGAAGCCACACAAGUCUCGGAGCCGGAGCUCGUCCUGUUCUCGAAGCAGGUCACGGGAGCGGGUGGGUAAUCCGGGGAAAUACAAGAAGAAAAGUCAUUACUACAGAGACCAGCGACGGGAGCGCUCCAGGUCGUACGAACGCACCGGCCGUCGCUACGAGCGGGACCACCCUGGGCACAGCAGGCAUCGGAGGUGAGGCGGGGUUGCAGAGACUGGUGGGCACAGGCCCUUCCCGGGGAGGUACCUGAUGGCUGCCCUGUGACCCCUGGGUGCGCUCCCUUAGCGCAAGUGGCCCUGUGAUAGGGUUCUUUUUGGAAAUGUAUUUUGACUGGACCUUGGUGGAUUUGGAAAUGGAAUUGGGGGGCCGGUGACAUGCACUUCAUUCAUGCCGGUCUGAGGGGCGGCACACAUCUGGGCUGUGCAGGGCCCCACGGCGGCGGCAGCGGCGGCUCUGAGGGCGGCUGGAUGAAAACGGGAACACACACGCUCUGGUUGCGUGGCCUGGUGCUAUUGGCAGCCCCCUCUCCACUCCCCGACCGACACUCAAUUACGGGAAGCCAAGAAAGAUGAUUUUUAGAACCUUUGCCUAUAUUAGGUUGUACUUAUGUACAUAUUUUGCAGUGUUUCACAAGAGAAAAUGGCCUUAACUGCCCCUUAUUCUCUCUCCAUGUUGUAAAUAAACAUGUGUUUAAUACAAGUUAAAGCUAUAUAUGAAAACUCAGAACUUUAAUCCUGUCAGCUUAAAACUUGUAUAGGGAAUCCUGACUUUUAAAAUGUGACGGUAUUUGGAUCUGUGUUGAAAGUCAUAUAUUUUUAUCUGUGCAGUGCUGAGUGCAGGCCACCAGCUCCUAAUAGAGGUUCCCUAUGAGUGCAUUGGACAUGGUAAAUAAACACAUCUCUCUCCACUCAGGAUAUCUGGAGCGUUACAGACUU